AGGGGCGGAGUUCUGGCAGUUCUCCAGGAAGGGGAAACUCGCGUGGUCAGAUUCCCGGGCAAAGGGGAAGCUGGUGCCUGGAGAGGACAAACAGGUGAAGGGCAGGAGAAGAAGCAUUAUAUGGAUCCCUUUGUAGUGUCUUUGGAAACAAGAAAGCAGAAAGUGGGAAAAGAGACAUCUGGGAAUCAAAGGGAACUUAAAAGGCAGAUGGUAAACCAAAGAAAGAAGAAAUCUUGUACUUUGCAGGAUGCUGUUAUUGAUGAACUCUUGAUCCCAUAGGAAGAUCACAAAGGAAAGGAAAGUGUCCAGUGUGGAGAAACUAUUAAAAAGUAAGCCAAAAUAAAAUUGGGGAACCUACAGGUGGGAGAAACCAUAUGAAUACAUGGAGUGUGGAAAGUGUUUCAGACUGUCACCACCUUACUUCACAUAAAAGAACCCAUAUAGAACAGAAAGCAUAUGAGCGCAUGGACUGUGGAAAGAGGUUCAGUGGGAGCUGUCACCGUACUUUGAAUCAAAGAACCCACACAGAGGAGAAACAAUAUGAGUGCAUGGAGUGUGGAAAAAGCUUCAGUCAGAAGGGCCACCUUACUCAACAUAAAACUACUCAUGCAGAGGAGAAAUAAGCUUACUUUACAUCAAAGAAUCCACACAUGCGAAAAACGGUAUGAAUGCAUAGAGUGUGUGAAAUGUUUCAGUCGGAGUGAACACCUUACUUCACAUCACAGAACUCACACAGGGGAGAAGCCAUAUAAGUGUCUGGAGUGUGGAAAGUGUUUCAGCCAUACUGGAAGUCUUACUUCACAUCAAAGAACCCACACAGGAGAGAAACCAUAUAAAUGUAUGGAAUGCGGGAAGACCUUUAGUGCAAGCUGCAAACUUAAUUUACAUCACAGAACCCACACAGGAGAGAAACCAUAUGUAUGCAUGGAGUGUGGAAAGAGUUUCAUUGAUAACGGAAGCCUUACUUUACAUCAAAGAACCCACACAGGGCAGAAGUAUGAAUGUAUGGAGUGUGGAAAAAGCUUCAGAUAUAGAGGAGGUUUAACUAAACAUGAAAGAACCCACACCGAAGAAAAACCAUAUGAAUGCAUAGAGUGUGGAAAGAGCUUCAGCGAUAGUGGAACACUUUCCUCCCAUCAAAGAAUCCACACAGGAGAGAAACCAUAUAUAUGCAUAGAGUGUGGAAAAAGUUUCAGUCGGAGUGAACACCUUACUUCACAUCACAGAACUCACACAGGGGAGAAGCCAUAUAAGUGUCUGGAGUGUGGAAAGAGUUUCAGUCAGAGUGGAACUCUUACUUCACAUCAAAGAACCCACACAGGAGAGAAACCAUAUAAAUGUAUGGAAUGUGGAAAGACCUUUAAAGGAAGCGGCAAACUUACUUUGCAUCAUAGAACCCACACAGGAGAGAAACCAUAUGUAUGCAUGGAGUGCGGAAAGAGUUUCAUUGAUAAUGGAAGCCUUACUUUACAUCAAAGAAUCCACACAGGGGAGAAACCAUAUGAAUGUAUGGAAUGUGGAAAAAACUUCAGAAGUAGAGGAGAGUUAACUAAACAUGAAAGAACCCACACAGGGCAGAAGUAUGAAUGUAUGGAGUGUGGAAAAAGCUUCAGAUAUAGAGGAGGUUUAACUAAACAUGAAAGAACCCACACAGAAGAAAAACCAUAUGAAUGCAUAGAGUGUGGAAAGAGCUUCAGCGAUAGUGGAACACUUUCCUCCCAUCAAAGAAUCCACACAGGAGAGAAACCAUAUAUAUGCAUAGAGUGUGGAAAAAGUUUCAGUCGGAGCCAAAGCCUUACUUCACAUCACAGAACCCACACAGGGGAGAAGCCAUAUAAGUGUCUGGAGUGUGGAAAGAGUUUCAGUCAGAGUGGAACUCUUACUUCACAUCAAAGAACCCACACAGGAGAGAAACCAUAUAAAUGUAUGGAAUGUGGAAAGACCUUUAAAGGAAGCGGCAAACUUACUUUGCAUCAUAGAACCCACACAGGAGAGAAACCAUAUGUAUGCAUGGAGUGUGGAAAGAGUUUCAGUGAUAGUGGAAGCCUUACUUUACAUCAAAGAAUUCACACAGGGGAGAAGCCGUAUAAAUGUAUGGAAUGUGGAAAAAACUUCAGAAGUAGAGGAGAGUUAACUAAACAUGAAAGAACCCACACAGGAGAGAAACCAUACAAAUGUUUAGAGUGUGGAAAGAGUUUUAGUGUGAAAUCUAAACUUACUUUGCAUCAACGAACCCACACAGGAGAGAAACCAUAUGAAUGCAUGCAAUGUGGAAAGAGCUUCAGUGAUAGUAGAAACCUUUCCUCCCAUCAAAGAACCCACACAGGAGAAAAACCAUAUACAUGCACAGAGUGUGGGAAAAGUUUCAGUUGGAGCCACAGCCUUACUUCACAUCAAAGAACCCACACUGGAGAGAAGCCAUAUAAGUGUCUGGUGUGUGGAAAGAGUUUCAGUCGUAGUGAAAGUCUUACUUCACAUCAAAGAACCCACACAGGAGAGAAGCCAUAUAAGUGUCUGGAGUGUGGAAAGAGUUUCAGUCAUAGUGGAAGUUUUACUUCACAUCAAAGAACCCACACAGGAGAGAAACCAUAUAUAUGCCUACAGUGUGGGGAAAGUUUCAGUUGGAGGCACCACCUUACUUCACAUCAGAGAACCCACACAGGGGAGAAACCUUAUAAGUGUCUGGAGUGUGGAAAGAGUUUCAGUCGUAGUGAAAGUCUUACUUUACAUCAAAGAACCCAUACAGGAGAGAAACCAUAUAAGUGUCUGGAGUAACAUCUUACUACACACCAAAGAACCCACACAGGGAAGGAAACAAAAAUGUAUGAGGUGUGGAAAGAACUUUUGUCAUAGCAAAAGCAUUACUUUGUAUCAGAUGAAGUGGCUGCAUGAUGGCCCUACCUUCAGACUGUGUCCCUGGACAUUAUCCCUUCCCCUAGAAGCUGUUGACAUGGACUCUAACAUAAACAGUAAGCAAGGUUCAUUACUGACUGGCCUGUUUUGCCUCUUUAAUACGAAGAAGGGUAUUCCUGUCUCAUAUUAGCUUAUACUAUUUGGGCAGAUGCAAGUCACUAAACCUUGUGGCUAAUGUUACUAGAUUGCAACCUGCCCUGGGACCUGAUGGUAAAGGAAAGGUAUUAUUAUAGGCCCACUAGUCUUUUAGCCUGUGUAGACGCGGGGACAGAGUUGACUUCUGUGCUUGUUGCAGGGUUUGAUCGUGUUCUCUGUUUCUCUGUUGAGUGGAUCAUCAUUGCAGAUAAGCUGUUGUUUCAAAUUAGGGUGUUUGUCAACAAGGAGAAGCCUAUCCCUGAAGCCCUGAGCAAAGGAGGUGGAAUGUUAAGAUGACAGUUACAAAAGGAGCACUACUUAACAUCUUAACGUCUUAAUAUUCAAUCGAUUUAAUGCAUUUUACAUUUAAUAUUUUAGUACUGGGUUUUGUAGUUGUUUAUAUGUUUAAUUAUG